UCGCCAUGUCUGUGUGGUGUGGGGUCGUUGCUGGAUUUGUUAACAUCCCUUGGUCAUUUUGCCAAGAUUAUUGCAUUAUCGAUUGGAUUUUUUUAGCACAGGAGAACAAUAUAAAUUCUGGUCAAAUAGUAUAGUAUUCUGGUCAAAGGUUGAUUGGGGCCUUGGCCCUUCAUUCAAAGAAGGUCUUGCUGUUUGCUAUCCGAAUCGUACGAAGUUUCAGCCAUUUCAAGUUCUAAGAGAGCAUCGUUCGAUUGGGAUGUCGCCGCCUCCGGGAGAUAGCCAGGACCAAGAGGUAGCGGUGCAUCGCCAGCUGCCCAGUAUUCCCAUUCUGCAAUGCCGCUGGGGACUCGGCGAAGGCGUUAGUCCAAUGGUGUUUAAGCCGUUGACGAUCCCUCGUCACCUGAUCCAGUCGCCGGACGGGCCGCCGCCGGAGCCCGCCCGCCGACCUCGCGGCCGCGGCCGCGCCUCUGGCCUCAGCUGUCACGACGAUCCUCUGCCGGUUCCCGGGAACCUCGCCAACGUCGGCGUCAGCAACCUGACCAUCCAGGAGCAGAUAAAUCGCGUACGGAGAGACCUGCCGAUUUACGAGCCGCCGACCAACUACAGUCAGUACAUCCUUCCGCGGCACAACUCUCAGGACGACGAUUUCUCGGAGCUGGAGCCGGAGACGGCCGCCACGCCGCCGCCGCGACUGACCGGCCAGGUAAAUCUGGAUGACGGGCAGCGCGGCGGCUGGAAUCUGGCCGACUUCCUGGAUCCCGGCGGUGUCGUGGCCGUAGAGUCUGCCCUGCUGCCGGCGGCGGCGGUAGCUGAUGGUGACACCCAAGGGCGGCCUUCACGGCUACUCGGACACCUAGGAAAUGACUCUGACGACCCAGACAUCUGUGAGGAGCGGACCAAUUCGUCCGAUAUGUCGGACGAAUGGCAGCCCCGGCGUGUCUGGCGGCCCCGACCGCCGCCUCUCGAUGAGCAGAGCUUUCCUCCUCUGCAGGGUGCCGCAGACGCUCCGGACCGCUCCUCGUCCAGGGCGGCCCGGGCAUCGGGCUGGGCGAAACCGGUGACGGCCGCUCUGGACAGCGCCACGACCAGGCCCGAGGGGCGAAACGGUAGCCAGGCUGGGAAGAGGCCGAAGUCGGCCAGUCAGUCCUCUACGGCCGCCUCGUCUGUGAGCGGUGCUGACUUUCAGUCGGCGCCCUCUGCUCCGAGCCUGGCGUCCCAUCAGGUCACGGAGGACACUGCUAGCGCCCGUAUGCACGUGACCGGCGUGACCGAUGCGAACUGGGACAAGGUGCAGGAGUACGUGCAGGCGUACGGAAGCACAUCGGACCCACAGCGCGGCCCGGGCGGCCACGGAUGGUUCUCGAUCACGCCGCCGGAGAGCGCCGAGUGGAUCGUAUCCGUGCACUCGAGCACGCAGUGGUGACAUCGC